AUGGGAGAUAGAAAGGGGGAAGAAAGUACCAAGAAGAAGAAGAAGAAGAAGAAGGAAGAAGAAAAGAAGAAGAUAGACCUUGAUCGCAAACUAUCCAAGUCGGAGCGUCAGCGCUUCAAAGAGGAGGCCGGGAUGUUGAAGGGUCUCCAGCAUCCUAACAUUGUCCGCUUCUAUGACUCCUGGGAGGGCCCAUGCAAAGGAAAGAAAUGUAUUGUUCUGGUCACAGAGCUCAUGACAUCUGGCACACUUAAAACCUACCUGAAGCGCUUCAAGGUGAUGAAAAUCAAGGUCCUGCGUUCUUGGUGCCGACAGAUCCUCAAAGGCCUUCACUUCCUGCACACCAGAGCCCCGCCCAUCAUCCACAGGGACCUGAAGUGUGACAAUAUCUUUAUCACAGGGCCCACAGGCUCCGUGAAGAUUGGGGACCUGGGCUUAGCCACGCUGAAGAGGGCCUCCUUCGCCAAGAGUGUCAUAGGAACCCCAGAGUUUAUGGCUCCAGAGAUGUAUGAGGAGAAGUAUGAUGAGUCGGUAGAUGUCUACGCCUUUGGGAUGUGUAUGCUGGAGAUGGCUACAUCAGAGUACCCCUACUCUGAGUGUCAGAACGCGGCCCAGAUCUACAGACGGGUCACUAGUUGGCCUAGAUUUCCUCUGGUUAGACGAUACGAGGGAGAGGAACUGAUUGAGGCUCCUGCUCUGACGCCCUCAUCAGAGAGGUUAAGCAGAUACAUGCUACCCAUAUAG